AUGAAGCCGUUAUCAAAAAAAGCAUCACCGUUUGCUCAAUUUGAUUUCAAUCUUACUAUAUUACCAGCCAACAGUGCAACAACAAGCACAAAACUUUACUGUCGAACAUUUUGUUUUUAUCCGUACAUCAAAGUGAACAUCAGCAAUGAUCAAGAAUCGUUUCGAUCGCAAAAAUGGUGCGGUACAUUGGUGAAUGUUCCCAUAAGUCAUAUUAAUUGA